GUGCCAACCACCCCAAACCUAAUCAAUUGCCGCAAAGAAACGUUCCUCUGCCGCGUGCCCACGUCAGAGAAACCCCUAAUUCCGAGAUCCGUCCCCAAACCGAGUGCUGUGUGCCGUCUUGAGCUUCGUCCAGCCGUCACCUCCGCUCAGCAUACCGAAUCUCCCAGACACGCCCCGGCAACGCACUUUUCCAGGCACACGACGCCCACAACCCCUACGAAGACGCUACCCGACCGCACACGUUUCGAUACCGCUCUUUCCGCGAAUACCUUGCUCAAUCGAACGGCUGGUGAGCCGUAAUACCACACAAUGAAGGCUGCUCCGCUUCUGGUGUCCUGGCACAACGAGAACGCUCCCAUCUAUUCAGCCCACUUCGAGCCCCAUGGCAAGGGAAGACUGGCAACAGCAGGCGGGGACAACAAUGUUCGGCUUUGGAACGUCGAAUCCCAAGGCGAAGAGCGAAAGGUCACCUACCUCUCGACACUCGUAAAGCACACGCAAGCAGUAAAUGUAGUGAGAUGGUGUCCGCGAGGGGAAGUACUCGCAAGCGCUGGCGACGAUGGCAACGUCCUACUCUGGGUUCCUGCGGAGAACCAGACCACACACACCAACUUCGAAGAAGGCCUCGAAGACAAAGAGACAUGGCGAGUCAAGGCCAUGUGCAGAUCGAUAGGGUCAGAGAUCUACGACCUGGCGUGGUCUCCAGACGGCGUCUUCUUUAUCACAGGCAGUAUGGACAACAUUGCCCGCAUAUACAACGCUCAGACAGGAAGCAUCGUGCGGCAGAUUGCCGAGCACAACCACUAUGUCCAAGGCGUAGCAUGGGAUCCAAUGAACGAGUACAUCGCGACCCAGUCAUCAGACAGAUCAGUGCACAUCUACACGUUGAAGAACAAAGAUGGCCAAUUUUCACUAGCUCAGCAUAGCAAGGUCACCAAGAUGGAUCUUCCCGCUCGACGAGUAUCCUCCAACAGCCCUGCACCGCCCGACUUUGGUGGCCGGGCUUCCUUCGUUGCAGACUCUAGCAUGGCAAUCGGCUCGCCAGUACCGUCCAUGCCCGGCACUCCGCAGUCACUAGCCCUUCCCAUGAUGCACCCUCCCCCGACAUCACACAGUCGUCGAUCGUCCUUUGGCUCUUCGCCAUCGAUGCGUCGCUCCGCCUCCCCGGCUCCAUCCAUGCCUUUACCCGCCGUCAUGCCGAACUCGCCCAGCAUUAGCAGCAUCGGAACUCUGGGUGUCCGAAAUGCACCCAUUUACUUCAACGAAACUCUCACGUCGUUCUUCAGGCGCCUCACCUUUGCUCCAGAUGGGAGUCUACUCUUCACUCCAGCUGGACAGUACAAGACACUCCACCCAUCGAUUGGCGAAGCGAAGCCAGCUGAAGAUAUCGCCAAUACAGUCUACAUCUACACUCGAGCUGGAUUGAACAAACCCCCAGUUGCAUACUUGCCCGGCCACAAGAAGCCCUCUGUGGCUGUACGUUGCUCACCAGUCUACUACACUUUACGACAGAAUGCCCCGCAAACGAGGCAAAUCACCAUCGACACCUCCUCGAUCGAUGAUGAGAUGCCUUCCCUGCCAGAGCCCAUCAUGCCUUCGAAACCACCUACAUCACACGCAUCAAUGGAUCCGCCGCCCAUCACCAGUGCACCGUCGCCGUCGCCAAGCGUGUCAGCACCGUCGCCAAAGCCUACUGAGGGUGACGUCUCAGGGCCGCCACCAGGCCCAACGUCUACUUUCAGUCUUCCAUAUCGCAUGAUCUAUGCAGUCGCUACGCAAGAUGCUAUUCACAUAUAUGACACCCAACAGCAGAAGCCACUGUGCAUUGUUAGCAACCUGCACUUUGCUACCUUUACAGAUAUUACCUGGUCGAACGAUGGAUCCACACUACUUAUGACAUCUACAGAUGGGUUCUGUUCAGCGAUAACGUUCGCAUCUGGUGAGCUUGGAGAAAAGUACACAGGACCGUUGGCCAUCCAAAGUCGACAACACCACACACCUGCUGCAAUCAACACAGCAGCAUCUCUGGCGUCCAAUCAAUCUACUCCAACCCCGACGCCAACGACUGGAAGCAUGUCAGGCUCAACAACCGCGACAGCAGCACCAAUGCAGAGGCAGCCCUCUGCAGGAUUUCCAGCUUCCCCAAGCUCAUUCUUCCCCGUAAGACCGGGCAGUCCAGCCAGGAGUAACUCGGUUUCCAGUAUCGCUACCGCCUCUUCCUUCGCCCCCGGCGCAGGUGAUCCCGGCAACAUGAACGCUCCAACUCCAGCUAUGUCUUCCGUGCCCAGCUUGGCGGCAGCAAACUCAGGUCCCGUUCCAAUGUGGACACCCCCACUUACACCGGCACAUGGACAAGGUGGUAGUCACAGUGCUAGUAGUUCAGUUAGUGGUAUUCCGAAUAUUGGCACUGGACGAAGGGAGAGCGAGAGAAGUGAAAGAAGCGAAUCGGAGCGAGAUGAAGCAUUGUCUGGCUCGAAGAAACGAGAAUUGCAGUCUGUUCCAGAGGUCGAGGAGAGCCGAGAAAGCAAGAGGAGGCGGAUUGCGCCUACACCUAUCACGAUGACGGUGGAGGGCGACACUGCGAUCGCGAGUACCGAGGAGAAUUCCCCAGCGGCGCAGAUACCUGAUCAGCAAUAGGCGUGUUUUCGGUUUUCUACUUCUUUCAGGUGUUGACUGUAGCACAAUACUCUUUCUCCAGCAUGGCGUUUAGGAUACAUGGUUAUUGCCAUGAUAAGUACUACGGUUUCUUUCUGGGUGGGCGUUAGGGAAGCAGAUAUGCGCUAUCACAGUGUUCGAGUCUUAUAGCUGUAUGAAGGUAUGUAUGUUCAUUUUCAGAAGACAGGUUAAAGCCAAUCCAGAUUGCCUCAGUGCUCUCUUUUCUAGAAACUACGCACUAUAUGGUAUGACUUGGACUGGCGUCCAACCGUUCUUUCUUUGCGAAAUGUGGGACUGUCGCACAAGUGACCCAGUUCUUUAUCGCCGGUGCAAUCGGUGACGAUCGUCCCAGGGUUGUGGCUCUUGGUCAUUUGCCGCAUCUGCCGCAAUUUUGCAGAACUCUAGAAGCGUCCGGCGGAAGAAAGGCCCU